AUGGUGAGACGAUUACGUUCAGUAUUGUCAAUCAACACGUUGGUCGAUAAAACUCGCACUGAAUUUGCGCACAAUGCCGGGAUUAUUUGCUGGAUUAAAGGCAAUUUUCAGGAUUAUGAUAUGGACGUUUGGCUGAGAAUGGCAUGGCGAGAUCCACGGUUAGCGCAUGGUUUUGACCGACCGAUUAUGAUCAAUGAAGAAACUUUUUUGAAGUUGGUUACCAUUCGUUUUCACCAUUUCUAUUGGACAGAUCUAACGGAACUCAAUGUUCUUGAAUUUCUCUCAUUCAGAAAACUCUGGCGUCCAGAUCCGUUCUUCGCGAAUGCUAAAAAAGCGUCAUUCCAUCGUGUCACAUAUCUCAAUUUCUACAUGCUCAUCUUUCCGCAAGGUGAAAUAUUCUUCGAAACUCGGUAUGUCACUAUGUAA